GGCGCCGUGGGUGACGGUGGCGGCUACACAGUGGAGGUGAGCAUCAAUGACUACCUGGACAUCUACUGCCCGCACUACGGGGCGCCGCUGCCCCCGGCCGAGCGCAUGGAGCGAUACAUCCUGUACAUGGUGAACGGCGAGGGCCACGCGUCCUGUGACCACCGGCAGAGAGGCUUCAAGCGCUGGGAAUGCAACCGGCCCGCGGCGCCCGGGGGGCCCCUCAAGUUCUCAGAGAAGUUCCAACUCUUCACCCCCUUCUCCCUGGGCUUUGAGUUCCGGCCCGGCCACGAGUACUACUACAUCUCUGCCACGCCUCCCAACCUUGUGGACCGGCCUUGUCUGCGAUUGAAGGUUUACGUGCGUCCGACCAAUGAGACCCUGUACGAGGCCCCGGAGCCCAUCUUCACCAGUAACAGCUCCUGCAGCGGCCUCGGUGGCUGCCACCUCUUCCUCACCACGGUCCCUGUGCUGUGGACCCUGCUGGGCUCCUAGAGUCCGGACAGAGGACACCGGCCCCACACGGGCCCCUCGACCUUGGCCCUCGGACCCGCCGCCGCGGCCACCUUCGAGACAAAGUCCUUGCUGCUUCUCUUUCAUGGUGCUGUCCCGCUGGAGGAGGCCGUCCACUCGCUCAGGAGGCGACACCCGGACCUGAUGCCUGAGGAGGAGACCCAGGCUGAGCCACUUUCUCCACGGUCGCCAGAGAGCUCCAGGCCUCUCCCAGCGCUGUUUAGUUCGGUCAGAAAGACGUGAGGGUCUUCUGUUAAUUUAAUUUAUUCCCUGAUGUUGCUGGUGACGUUGGGACGUGAGUGGCGUGAAUGGGGCAGAGGAUCUCCAGCCGCCCAGACGGAGCCCAGACGGAGCCCACAGUGGACUUGCCUGACUCGGCAGGGUGCAUGGUGCCAGCCCCUCACUCACUAGGGCCCUGGGGGCCUCGUGCCCCCUCCUCUAGCCGCUGCCCAGCCCCCCUCCCUCCGCAUCUGAGAAAGCCCUUCAGCCCUGCAGUCCGCCCGGCCACCCGGGCCCCUCCACCAGGCACAGCCGUCUCCAGGGCUGGGAAGACGUUUUAUUUCUGUAAAUAGAAGCCAGCAAAUGUGUACUGUGAUUUAUUUUAAUGUAUUCUUGAGGACAGAAUGGAAGUUCUUUUUAAAAAAAAUUUUUCCAGACCUUCGAUUCGAGGGGACUUUUAUUUUGGGGGGGAAGAGUGGGGUGGACUUUUUAGGAUAGAAACAACACUUCGCAAUAAACUCAUUUUUUUGUCCGUUGGAGCCCUCCCCCCUCGAUCAUGUGACCUAGUAAUGUUUGUAAGAAAAAAAAAAAAGCCAAAA